ACAUUUCACGACGAUUUAGAAAGCCGCGAAGCUGUUGAAGAUGUCGAAGUCAGUGAAGAAACUUGUCGAGGAGACAAAGGAUCAAGGUUAUACAGAGCUAGAUCUCUGUGACAAAAGCUUGUCUACGAUUGCAGAUAUUCCAGGACUGACCCAGCUGAGGCAUUUGGUACGCCUUACUUUGAGUCAUAACAGAAUAACAUCUCUCCCAGAAUCCAUUGGUUCACUAGAAAACCUGGAGUUCUUGAAUGUGUUUAAUAAUCAUAUUGAGGAGCUGCCCAUGUCAUUAGGCUCCUUGAAGAAACUAAGACACUUCAAUGCAGCGGUAAAUCGACUAAGUUCCCUGCCCAGAGGCUUGGGAACAGCAUCUGGAUUGGAAAUCUUGGAUUUAACAUAUAAUAACCUCAAUGAGAAGUCACUACCAGGAAACUUCUCUGUUAUGAAACAGCUCAGAGGCCUCUACCUGGGAGACAAUGACUUUGAAACUUUGCCACCAGAAAUAGGAGAGCUCAGAAACCUUCAAGUGCUUGUGUUGAGAGACAAUGAUCUGAUUGAACUACCAAAAGAGCUGGGGAAAUUGAGUAGACUGAAGGAACUUCAUCUUCAGAACAACAGACUCACUGCUCUACCUCCAGAACUAGGUGAGCUAGACAUGGGUAACCCGCGGCAUGUUUUCAAACCUGAAGGGAAUUCAUGGAUACAGCAGCUUGAAGAUCAAAUUGUUCUGGGACCAUCACAUGUGUUUGUGUACAUCAAAACUGAUGGAUACAAGAGUUUGUACGAGCGUCUCAUUACCUCUGGCAAUGCUCCACCACCAAAGAGGGAGAAGGAAAAGACCCUAAAGAGAAGCAGAAGAAAAUGACUUCCCUGGCCUGAUAGCUUUGUUAUCACAGCACUUUAUUCAAAUUUGAGGUAGAGGAAAAUGCUCUCAUCAAAAAGUAUUCAGCACUUUUUGAUACCAAGUACUGUUUGUCAAGAUUAGGUUACUAAUAUAUGUCCAAGGUCAUCUCACAGAAAUGUUUGUUUCAAAUGCAAGAAAUACAAAGUGACCAGUUAGAGUGAACAUACAUUUAUAUAAGAGAUUUUAUAAAAAUGCUCAUCCAUAUAAGGCAAAUAGUUCCUGGCUAGCUUUGAGGAAAUAAGUAAUAGAGUAUUCUAUUUUUAUACAAUUUUGUAAAUAAACACGGUGCCCACAAAUAGGGCAAAGCAUCUUCCAGUGCCUGUAUUUGCCGUCUGUAGAUACAAAUAUGUGCCAUGUACAGUUAACCUUAUACUGCUGAUGUAAACACAACCAUAAUUAAAUCAUCUGAACCAAUAAA